UGUGUCCCUGACCCCUCCCCCCCGCAGGUGACCCGCCUGUCGCUGCCCGCAGUGUCGCUGUCGCCGCCGGCCGCGCCCCCAGGUGCGCCCCCCGGUGCGCCCCCCGCCCAGGUGUCGCCGUGGGGCGCGGUGCGCGCCGCGCAUGCGCUCUUGCGGGGGCUGCACCUGUACCUGGACUGGGCGGCGCGCGCGCUCGUGCUGCUGCGCCAGCGCCUCUGA